UCAUAUUUAUGAUCAUACAUAUCUUUUUCUGUAUACUAUAAUCACAUAAUUAUGUGCACAAAAUUCAUAUGGCAAUUUCAAUCCUUCAAUUUACAAAUCACUUCCAACAAUCUUUGCUCUUGUACAUCUUCUGAGUUUCAUUUUGAUACUGCUCCUUUUAAACAAUCUUCAACAAUAUUUUAAAAUUGAAUUUCACUUAGAUUUCCGUUAACUUUCCAUUAAAACGAACCAUCCGCUCGAUUGUUAUCUUUUAAUCAAAGUAAAUACAGCACAUUUCAAGCGAUAGGUCAUAUGCAACAGAAUUCGGCCAUUCAUGUAACCUUGAGCAUAGCUCUACCAUGCUAUAUAUAAGAAUAAUAAGGACUCGUAUAGUGCGUGUAUUCGUGAAUAGUGCGCAGUAAAAGGACUAAAAAAAGAGAAAGGAAGAAUGAAGAAAGUAGACCAAAUAUAUUACGCAGUGUAUCCGAGUUCUUCAGAAAGCGAGCCUUAUUAUGAAUCAGACAGUUCAGAAGCCAGAAGACGUUUACAACAAUCGCCUACUCACGCAAAAUUUUAUAAAUAUCUUCGAGAAAGAGAAGAAAUGAUACGAUUACACGAAGUAUGGAAGGACACCAUAACAGAUCCUGGCUUUACAGAGAGCAUUGAGGCUUCCUGUUUGAUGGAGGUUCGUCUGAGAGAUGAACGUGUAGAGUAUAAAUAUACACCAGCCUAUGAAAAUGGUUUCUAUUACUUUAGGAUUACUUUGGUUUAUAUGAAACCGUUACGUAAAUGGAUUUUGAGUCCUGGACGAUGUCGUCUCCCAGGUAGUAUGAGCCUGCGAGGAAAAAUGAAGGGUGGAACACUGAACCCUGUGAGUGAGAGAGUAAUGAGAUUGUUACACAAAGUUCGCCAGAAUAUUGACGUCUAUAUGAAGAGAUUUAUGUAUAUCCAAAGAUUUGUUGACUAUUUCAUUGAAAACUACUUCAAUGAUGGUGAGAUCGGAGAAGAUUUGGAACUCAAAGAACUGACUAUUGUUCUUAAAGAAAAAGCUUGGCCCAUAGGAAUUGAUAAAACUUGCUGGCGUGACAUUAUUCAUCUGUAUAUAACACUGGAUGAUGAUUACAUAGCGCAGGAUGUCACUUACAAGUAUACACAUCAGAAGAAAGCAGAUCCAGUUGUCAUACAUAAUUGCAAGCUUCAAUUAGAGAACAGAAUCAGAGUUUUUUUUUCGUAUGAAAUCAAUGAAGCUUUUAAGAAAUUUAUGGGUCAGGAGCAGGUGUCUCUGGAUCAGGAAUAAAAUUGAAAUUUGAAAGGAGCAAAUGUAUUGGGAGAAUAUAUAUAAGUUUUUGUAUGAGUGUUUAUUUAAAGGGAAAAUAUGUAUAUUUAAUUUAAUAUUCAAAACUUUCAUUGUUAAGUAUUAUAAAUACUAAUAGUUUUGAUUAAUUUAAUGAAAAUUAAUGGAUUUCUUGUUUG